GGCGACUGGGAACUGUCGCCAUUGUGAAUUGUGCAGGCGGAGGCGGCUGGGCCGCCCGCAGCGGGGGGUCUGGGACAGAACCAGAGGAGACGCGACACAGGCUCGGAGCACUGAGAAUGGAGUCUAAACCUUCAAGGAUUCCUCGAAAGGUAUCAGUUCAACCCUCCAGUUCUUCCUCUUUAAGUGCCAGAACAUUGUCUGGAAGCAGAGCAAGCAGUUUAACCAAUGCAUAUCAUACAAGAGAAUCUUCACUGAGACUGGAUUCUGGAUGUCAGGAAUCCAGUCUGUUGCAUAGUUCCAGUAGAGACUGGGGAAUUGGAGAAAGAGGAGAAGCUCAUGAAACUCCUUGGAAGCUUACUAGUUCCUCUCCAACUCACUACUCGGGGACACUUGAUCGUCCAUGGUCUGGAAGAUUUUUGGGAAGCAGAAGCAGAUUGUCUACAUCCUCCUCCUCUCCUCUUUCAUCUGCUUGGUAUGGUGAAUCUGAGAGGACUCAGGGAGCAUACUCAAGACUACAUAACCAGCAGCGGGAUAGUGAUUCAAAGAGACCUAAGCUUUCCUAUACAUCUACCUCUUCUGUGAGAAGUAAUGGCUUAAAUACAGUUUCAGAUUCUUCCUGGAGGUAUAAUCAAGUUCCUAGAUCUUCGUCAGUGGUACUCAGUUCUCUGGGAACUGAGCUAGUGAGAGAGAGGAUAGAGCUAGAAAGGAGAACAGAUCCAUCUGUUAGUAGUCUUGUGGAUUAUAGUCACAGGAAUGGUGACUUUACAUCUUCAGCAUAUCUUCAGGAUAGACCUGCCUCUUCAUAUGCACAGGGAGCGAGACCAAAAGAUAAUUCAUUGAGCACUUUGAGGCUGAAUACAUCCAUGAACCGCCAGUUGCCUUCUGAACAUGACUCAUCUUUAUUCUCUGGAGUCUCUGGCAGGAGCUCUUCAAGAUCUAACUAUUCUACAAGGGAAAUGGAAUCUUCCCAAAGGAAUAUACAGCCAGAGUUUACCCACAUUGCCAUUAGAGAUGAAAUUCCCUCCACAAGCAGCACUGAACGAGUUGCGUCUCAAAGGUCACUUAGUGAGCCUCCAGCAGAUACUGAAGGAAGGCGUACAACUAGACAAUUACUAUCUCGUUUAGCUUCUAGUAUGUCAUCUACAUUUUUCUCACGGAGGUCUAGCCAAGACUCAUUAAAUGCAAGAUCAUCAGAUUCUGAAGAUUCAUGUGUAGUCCCAAGAGUUCAAACUGCUACCCAAUCUAGCACUAAUGCAACUGCACGUCCUGAGGUUCCAGGCAUUCAGACACCUGAAACUUCUCAGGGAUUUAGCUUUCUUAGACGAAGAUGGGGCUUAUCAGGUGUUUCACAGAAUCAUAGUUCUGAUUCAGAUACUGAAAGUUACAGACAAGAGCCUGAAAGUAGAAAUACAGGAUCCUGGUUAUCGUCAUCUCUAAGAAAUAGAUGUACGCCUCUGUUCUCCAGAAGGCGGCGAGAAGGAAGAGAUGAAUCUGCAAGAACCUCUACCUCUGAAACACCUGCUAGAUCACUACACCUCUUUAGGAGAAGAGAGUCUAGCGAAGAGACUCCUCUUGAAGCACAGAGCAGCUCCCCUGGGGCUGCUGCCAACAGACCACCAACACCAGCAGUAUCUAGCAGUCCUACAACUACUGCUUCCACAUCAGAUGCAUCUCACACUAGAAAUAGUUCUGGAAUAUCAGGAAUUCUUCCCGGCUCUUUAUUCCGGUUUGCAGUGCCCCCAGCAUUAGGGAGCAGCAUAUCUGACAAUGUUAUGAUAACAGUAGAUAUUAUUCCCUCAGGUUGGAAUCAGCCUGAUGGAGAAGAAAGUGACAAGUCUAAAAUAUUACCUUCAAGAGAUCCUGAAAGACUCCAGAAAAUUAAAGAGAGCCUCCUGUUAGAGGACACUGAAGAGGAGGAAGGUGAUUUAUGUAGAAUCUGCCAGAUGUCAUCAGCAUCUUCUAGUAACCUCUUAAUAGAGCCAUGCAAAUGCACUGGAAGUCUGCAAUAUGUUCAUCAGGAAUGCAUGAAAAAAUGGCUGCAGUCCAAGAUUAAUUCUGGUUCUUCUUUGGAAGCAGUAACUACCUGUGAGCUGUGUAAAGAGAAGUUGCAUCUUAAUCUUGAGGAUUUUGAUAUUCAUGAACUCUAUAGGGCACAUGCAAAUGAACAAGCAGACUAUGAAUUUAUCAGCUCUGGUCUCUACCUUGUAGUGUUGUUACACUUGUGUGAGCAACGCUUUUCUGAUAUGCUGGGAACUGCAAGUGAGGCCAGCACACGUGUCAGGCUUCAGAGGAUGAUUCUGAAGACAGUGAUGCUGGCAGAAGUUUUGACACUGCUUAAUGCUGCAAGAGCCAAACAGAAGUGCUGCAAAGAUGCUGAACUAGCAAGAAAGUACCAUCAAUAUGCAUUUAUUUUUUGCUCUCUUUAGUAGAAAGCACAUUGAAUAUUACUAUAGUUUUUUAAAGCAUUACUGAACUCAGUCUGUUGCCGCAUACCAGAACAUAAACAAUGAAUCUGAAAACUAUUCAGCAAGGUGUGCAAGAGUUAGAUAUACCACGCUGUAUCUCCUUUGAGAUGGGAUCUUAUGCCUUGUUUUGAAAAAGUAGAUUUUAAAUAUUUAAGUCAUAUCUCCCUUUCUAUUAACGUCUUACUGUAGUCAGUUAGAUUGCUGGAUUGGUCUAUCAAGUUUUUCUCCUAUAUUGGUAAUUUGUGUGUUUUGGGGUGGCGGGACCCAUGUACUUAUAGCAUAACUUUUCCUUUUAAAAAUGCUAAUGUUGUAGUUCCUUAUAAUCACUUGCUUCCAGUGUUAACAUAGGAUGAAUGGGUACUGUAAAACUACAGUGUUCAGUUUCCAAAUUGUAUUUGAAGAGUGUUAAACUCAAUAGCAAUAAGAACUUGCAAGGGGCUUAUACUAUUAAAAUGUUAAUGAUGGCUUUUUUUAUGUACUGAUUUGGAAAUUUGAGAUUAUAUUUGAUAUUAUGUGGAUAUUCCAUUAAGGAAAUAUUGCAGCUGUAAACUCUUGCAUUUUGGCAUUCCUGGCAGAAAUGCAACUUGAUAGGAUUUAAAAUCUUAAUUGACCUGUUUAGUUUAAAAAUCUUUUUUAGAUCCCACAUUCACUGUUAAAGCACUGGUUAUAUCAAUGUGUUUUCUAGUGUUGUCACUUCUUUAUAAAUAAAGAUGAUGCAUAGAACCGUG